GCCCAGAUUGGCCACAUGGGGCGCCUGUCAUCCUACCCACUACACCCCAGAGGGGUGGGGGGGGGUGGAGCUGGGGGGGGUUGUCACUCGGCCACCUGUGGGGUGCAGAUCUUAAACCCCCUGCCCAGCAGCAUUGGGGGAGAGCUAGGUGCAGAGCCACGCCCGCAGCCCCACUGCCAUCUGCACCCCAUCCCUGGAACACCCCUGCUGAGAAGGACAGGGAGCCCAGGCGGCAAAGCCCACGACUCAGUCAUGAGAACACAAAUUGAAGUGAUCCCUUGCAAAAUCUGUGGGGACAAAUCAUCUGGGAUCCAUUACGGGGUUAUCACCUGUGAGGGGUGCAAGGGUUUCUUCCGCCGGAGCCAGCAGUGUAACGUGGCUUACUCCUGCACCCGUCAGCAGAACUGCCCCAUUGACCGCACUAGCCGAAACCGAUGCCAGCACUGCCGCCUGCAGAAAUGCCUGGCCCUGGGCAUGUCCCGAGACGCUGUCAAGUUUGGCCGCAUGUCCAAGAAGCAAAGGGACAGCCUGCAUGCUGAGGUGCAGAAACAACUGCAACAGCGGCAACAGCAGCAAAGGGAACAAGCGGCCAAGACCCCUCCUGCAGGAGCCCAAGGAGCAGACCCCCUCGCCUGCACCUUGGGGCUCCCAGAUGGGCAGCUGCCCCUGGGCUCCUCGCCUGACCUGCCGGAGGCCUCAGCCUGUCCCCCCAGUCUCCUGAGAGCCCCAGGCUGCGGGCCCUCCUACUCCAACAGCUUGGCCAAGGCCGGGCUCAACGGGGCCUCGUACCACCUGGAAUACAGCCCUGAGCAGGGCAAGACCGACAGCAGAGAGAACUGCUAUGGCUCAGGCAGCCAGCCGACCCCUGACAGGUGUGGACUCCACUUCGAGGACCCCAGGCACCCUGGGCUUGGGGAACCAGGACGGGGCCCGGACAGCUACUUCAGCCCCAGUUUCCGCAGCACCCCAGAGGCGCCUUAUGCCUCCCUGACAGAGAUUGAGCAUCUGGUGCAGAACGUUUGUAAGUCCUACCGAGAGACGUGUCAGCUGCGGCUGGAGGACCUGCUCGGACAGCGCUCCACCGUCUUCUCCCGAGAGGAGGUGGCCGGCUACCAGAGGAAGUCAAUGUGGGAGAUGUGGGAACGCUGUGCCCACCGCCUCACCGAGGCCAUUCAGUACGUGGUGGAGUUCGCUAAGAGGCUCUCGGGCUUUAUGGAGCUCUGCCAGAAUGACCAGAUCGUGCUACUCAAAGCAGGAGCCAUGGAAGUAGUGCUGGUCAGGAUGUGCCGGGCCUACAAUGCUGACAACCAUACAGUCUUUUUUGAAGGCAAAUACGGUGGCAUGGAGCUCUUCCGAGCCUUGGGCUGCAGCGAGCUCAUCAGCUCCAUCUUUGACUUCUCCCACUCCCUGAGUGCCUUGCAUUUUUCCGAGGACGAGAUUGCCCUCUACACGGCCCUCGUCCUCAUCAACGCCAACCGGCCAGGGCUCCAAGAGAAAAGGAAAGUAGAACAGCUGCAGUACAGUCUGGAGCUGGCCUUUCAUCAUCAUCUCUGCAAGACUCAUCGCCACGGCAUCCUGGCAAAGCUGCCACCCAAGGGGAAGCUUCGGAGCCUGUGUAGCCAGCAUGUGGAAAAGCUGCAAACCUUCCAGCAUCUCCACCCCAUCGUGGUCCAAGCUGCUUUCCCUCCACUCUACAAGGAACUCUUCAGCACUGAAAUCGAGUCACCUGAGGGGUUGUCCAAGUGACCUGGAGGAGGGACUCCGUUCCCUUCCCUAGAGCCUCGUGGCUCACCUUCCUCUUGGCCUUUUCCUUUCUUGUGCGCCCUGGAGGGUGGUCUCUGCCUGUUUUGGGGGGGGGGGUGAGCAAAUGCGGAGACUGGCUUUCUGCCCACCAGCCUGCCUGGCGGCAGGCCAAGAGCUGGGGCGGGGGGGAUGGAGGAACACCAUCUCCAGCCUCAGCUUUGUCCUGGCUUCUCUCAGCUUCUGGGAGACCUGGGGUGGGAUACAAGGACCUCUAGGAGGACCUAGGUGUCCUCAGGACAACAGGGGGAUCCAGGACACCCUGGACAAACAGAACUCAACUCUGGGCUCAGAAGCUAAGAAUAGGCCUUUGAAAUACCUCAUUGCAUUUCCCUGGGGGCUUUGGCUGGGGAGACGCAUCAAGCUCAGAGACUGGCAUCUGGAGCCCAGGAGGACCUGUACAUAACAUGAACCUGGAUUGUUAGAUUGUCUGCCUUCCCCCUUCCUCCCAGCUCAGCAAGGAAACCGUUGGGUACCCUGGGGUCUAAAAGAGACUAGAUAUGUGGAGGGUAAGGAUGGGAUGGGGAUAAGGGAGGGGCUGGGGAUAAUAUUUUUAUGGGAUUUGGGUAUAAGGAUAGGGUAUGAUGAAGGCCAAGAGCGUCACAGAUGGACAGACAGACAGAGUUAGAACUCAAACUUCUUAUGUGCACUUUAAAAAUAGACUUUAGUGGUUACACAAAUGUGAUCAGAGACACAUGUCCACAUACAUGUGAAACACAUAGUCACACACUUAACCUGUAGUCAUGCAGCUCUAUAGAUGCAUUUGAUCUGACACAAUCUCUGUCUUCCUUGAGGUCACAGAUCAGAGGAACUUCGUGGCCUCAGGGAAGAUCCCAAUCCUGAGGGACCCCAGAACAUUUUCACCUGGUGCCCCAGUUCACCAAUCUUAGACGUGGGGUGGCCCAAACUCUAUCCCAGCCCCAGCUGUCUUCUGUCAAAGGAAACCCUAAAAGAAGAGAUGGCUGGACACAGUCAGAAGGCCAAGGACAGACCCUCGGAGGACUGUCUGGGCCCCAUCCUCCAGCCCUGCUCUCGUUAUGGCGAAACGCAGCAGAUGCGAUUCCACCACUCUGUGCCUGGGUACCACCAAGUCUGGCAGGGUGAAGGAGACCUGUUUCUCCAGCCGUGAUCUUGCCCGAGAACUUCUCUUGCCUUUAUAAAUAGCUGUGAGCCCUCCUCUGAGGGAUAAACAGCAGGUGGUCAGGAGGGUUUUUUUUUUUUUUCCUCUCAGGGGAGGGUGAACAUAAACCCUAACCUGUGCUAUUCUUUAUAAAACGACUUCAAAGGCAA